AUUUCCGUUCUCGAUCCCCCUCAACAUCAUCGCCAUGAACAGUAUGGUACUGGGCUUUUGUUUCGCUUGAGUCAUCGGUUUCUGCCCUUCCUGGUCGAAACACGAGUAGCGUUCAGUUCGCGGUUCUGCUCAUCUCCUGUUUCUGGGAAAUAAUGACCUCUAUCUUGGCAAGAUCCCUCCUUAUUAGUCCUUCAAACUUUCAUCUCAAAAAAUUCGAAGUCCCUUUUCAAGAUUACAGAUCGAUUGCUCCCAGUUUCCAUAGUUAUGAAUUUCCUUGCCUCGCCCUUAGACACAAACGCAAUGCCACGGCCCCGAUUGUCCCCAAAAUCAGAGCUCAGAGUCUUCCCGAUUAUGUUCCCGAUUCCAAGUUCUACAAGGUGGAAGCGAUUCUCAGGCCUUGGCGAGUCCCUCAUGUUUCUUCGGAUUUGUUGAAAAUGGGAAUCCGUGGCGUCACAGUAUCUGAUGCCCGGGGCUUUGGAUCUCAGGGUGGUUCAAAAGAGAGGCAGGGAGGCUCUGAAUUUUCUGAAGACAAUUUUGUCGCCAAAGUUAAGUUGGAAAUAGUAGUGAGCAAGGGUCAGGUUGAAGCAGUUAUAGACAAGAUUAUCAAGACAUCAAGAACAGGGGAGAUUGGUGAUGGCAAAAUUUUUUUUGUUUUAGGGAUGUUGAUGGGCUGUCUCAAGUUGAUCAUUACGUAUUCUCAUGUAGUAGAUAUCCCUCUACUUCGUCUCCAGGGAGAAUGGAUUUUCCAAACCCGAGAUUGUGUAAAGCUUAAUUGAUUUCCUGCUGAGCAAUUAAUUGCUUUUCUGUCUACGUGCUAGAGAUGAGUAAUUAGUAAAGUUUUUCAACUAAAAGCCAAGAGAAAGAAAAGAAUUAUGCAGAUUAAGUGAAAUGAUUAAUUAUAUAGCAGUGAGUUCAGAUACUAGAACAUUGAAAGUGCCCCCAUGCCGCAGAACUUUUGCAUCACACAGCAGAUGAAGUUUAAUGUGUGCUUCUCUUUUCACUUCUACUUGUGACAAGGUUAGAACUGAGGAAGUAAAAUACUUCAAUUCUGGUUUAGUUUCAUAUCCUCGUGUGCAUCAAACUUACUACACUGCAUGGAAGAUUUGGCGUUGGAUGGGCUGUUUCAAGAACCAUCAGGAUAACCGGACGUGAAAGUUUAGACUAACCUGAUGCGCAUUUCUUGCGAAUGGAAUUGGGUCUAUUAACUUGCCUAGGUUCGCAUAAUGGAUGUUUUGGUGAAAGAAAGAACAAUGCUACGAUCUAUAUAUUGAAGAAAAUAUUUUAUUUUAAUGUCGUCAC